AUUGGAAAGAAUAGUGAGAUUGCAAAGCGAGACAAGGGAAUGCACUCAAGAUUUUCAAUGGACUCGGAAUCCAUCUCCACUUCUCAUGGCUCCUUUGCAAAAUGAGAGUUGUAAUGAGUCCACCAAGGAACAGUUGGAGGUAGGAAUGCAACAACUUGUCUUCCUAGCUGAGCUUCUACUCCUUCUACGGCCAGAUGGAGAGACCUGUGUUAAAAUCCGUAAUUGUGUUGACACGGCCCUUAGCUAUUUUUCAGAGGCUGAAGAGAAGGUAGCAUCUCAACUGCUGCUGGCUGAUUCUCAAUCUGAGGCCCUGAUAACAGUGAAGAAACUCAUGCAAGAUGAUCUGAGGGAGAAGCAGAAGAAGUUGGUGGAUUUGAAAGCCCAGAUUGUUGCCCUUCAAGAAGCUGAGAAGAAAUCAGUGGGAAUGUUGCAAACUGCCGAGUUGCAUCUGGAAAACACAAAGGAGAAGCUCACAUUAGCUCAUGAAGAAAUGGAAAAUAAACGUGAGGGACGAGAUAUUGGUAUGCACUUGAUGAUCCUUCCAGCACUUGGGACACUCAUUGGUGCUAGCGUGUUCAUUGGUUAUCAAAUAGCCCUGGAGUCAGCUGAAAAUCUAGUCACCGAAGCUCAACGAGCGGUAGAAGAAUAUGCAGCAGAAGUGGUUGGUUACCAUGAUAAGUUCAUACACUUCUCCCAAAAGGAACAGGAAUUACAAGAUGGGAUAAACGCCAUGAAUCAGAAGAUCAUCCAGACCCAAAUCCAAUGUGAUGAGCUGCUUGCUUUCCAAGGGGAUGUUCUAAUGAAGCAAUCUUGGAUCAGAAAAUGCCUUGCGCUGCUGGAUGUACUGGCAGGCAAGGUUCAUGUAGCUGCAGUCAUGUCUCACCAUGCUUGUUUCCCUGAGCUGCUGGUGGACAUCUUAGGAGAUAUUGCACAAGUGAUGGGUGAGAAGGGUGGGGAAGCAUUCCUUGAGAAUCAGAAAAUCCAGGAUUCAGUUCUGGAAAUAAAGAAAGCAGUGAAGACUCUGAAAAGCAGAGUAGGAAAGAGCACAUUGCAAGAUUAUUAAUGUUUCCAUGCCCUCCUUCCUGCUUUCAUUAACAUGACUGGGUAGAGGUGGUCCUCAACUUAUCACCACUUGCUUAACAGCUAAACUCAUGAUCGAUCCCCCCCAAAACUACUUAUGACCCAGAUUCGAAGUUCUGAUGGCUGCCCCUCCCCUCAGUCAAAUGACUCCAUUUUAAGCUCUCAGCAAUCCGCCCACAUUUGUGGCUAUUUGCAAUAUCCUGCGGUCCCGUGAACAUGUUUUACAGCGAUUUUACCAGAAACCAGCAUUUCCUUUCACAAAACUGGCCCAGAGUAAACCAUUGGGCAGGUUCCAUUAUAGUAAUAGCAU